AAAAAAAACAAGAAAAUAAUACCGUUGAUUCUGUAAAAAUGACACUAAACAAUAUAUUUUUUGUUACAGAGCUACGGCCCUGAAAUGUAUGGAAUUGCUGCAGUAAUUUAUCUAUCCGGCGGUUGCAGUUGUAUCCAAGAGUGACACAAAGGGCUGUACAAAAAGGACUCAACCGUUGUGCAUUAUGCAAAAACUAUCCUAAAGAAAUGCAUUGCUGUCACCUUUUGUUAAUUUUAUUUUUAUCAAUUUUAUUUUACUUAUCAAAAUAAAAUUUAGUAAAUGUGACCGACUGACAGCAGCAGCAGUGAUACAGAGAUGGACAGCUGUAGAUCGGUUUUGUUCCUAUUUUGACUCAUCAGUAUCGUUUAGUCACCAAUGUUCACCGCUGCACAGUCUGCCUCUGAGAAGCAUAACCACUUGGCAUGGUUCCCAGAAGAAUACUUUGUCGGUCAAAUUUGUUUUGAUAGUGACAUCAGACAAGGGGACCACAAUGCAGUUCUUUAGGAACUGCUGAUAUUUUUUUUUGCAUAAUGCACAAAGCCCUGUGCGCUUUCUGUAACAAUGUUACUCUGUGCUGUUUAAAUCUUAUGGUUUUCCUGCCCGUGCUGUUUUUUUCCCAUUAUGAUGGGUAUCUCUCAUUAUUUCCACAGAUAUGUUUCAAGCAUUGCAUGGUUAACACAUCUGUAAUGCAUUACAUAAUGCUGCAAAAUAAUCUCAUUUACUAAGUGUGGAAAUAUGGCACAAACAAGGGUUAUGUGCUCGUUGCACAACAUGCAGUGAAAAAGAGACCACUCCCGGUUGUAAAUUAGGGUGAAAGAACAACAUCACUGAAGCUUGCAAUCUUGACUGUUCAGUCAGUCCUCGGCAGUGUUUCGCCUGUUCCGCCAGUUGUCUGCUAUCCAUGUGACCGUCUGUUCCGCGAGUUGUCAGCUAAACCGUGUGAAUCCGUCUCUUGUAUUCAUAGCUGUUUUUUCAGGUGGGGAGGAUUCGUCCGCCAUGCCCCCGUCGCCGCCUGCGUCGUCCCAAGGGACAUCGGGACCUGCAGCUCUGCACUUGACCGUCAAUGGGAAGGACUACACAGUGGAAAACCCGGACCCGCGCACUACGCUGAGCGAGUUCCUGCGCGGAACGCUGCGUUUGAGCGGCACCAAGGUGAUGUGCCACGAAGGAGGCUGCGGCUGCUGCGUCGUCACCGUGCAGUACGCGGAUCCCCUGCAGCCUGACAAAGUGCUCACCGAGUCCAUCAAUUCCUGCCUGGCCCCACUGUGCUCUCUGGACGGGCAUCACGUGAUCACUGUGGAGGGCGUUGGGAUGGUGCGUGCGCGCGGCCUUCACCCCGUGCAGCAGAGGCUUGUGGAUCACCAUGGCAUUCAGUGUGGCUACUGCAGCCCCGGCUUUGUUAUGCAGAUGUACAGUCUGCUCGCCAGCAAUCCGGCCCCCAGUCAGCAGGAGGUGGAGGACGUGUUUGAUGGGAACAUUUGUCGCUGCACAGGUUAUCGCCCGAUCCUGGAUGCAAUGAAGUCAUUUGCGAAAGAUGGGAAGGCCCCAUUGAGCCCGUCCUGCCUUGACAUCGAGGACCUCAAGUUCUGCCCCAAGAAUGGGCGGCCGUGCAGAGGCGACCACUCGUGCUCCUCGGGCGAAGCGACGGCCGCCGCCGCCGGCCCCGUUCAUCUCUUCGCGGCCGCUGACGUCAAGUGGUUCCGCCCCACCUCGCUAACGGAGCUGCUCGUCGCGGUGGAGCAGCUGAGCGGGCAGAGCGUGAAGCUGGUGCGAGGAGACACGGGCAAGGGCGUCUACAAGACGGACGGACCCUUCCAGGCGUACGUCGAUGUGAAGGGUGUGGCCGAGCUGUUCGCCGUGUCUCUCGAAGCCACGGGCCUGAGGGUGGGCUCAUCCGUGAGCCUCAACAAGCUGAUUGGCUCCCUGAGGGAGCAUGCCGACCAAUCGGAGUCCUUCGCAGCCACCGCCGAGCACCUGAGCAAAGUGGCCAAUCAGUCUGUGCGAAACGCCGGCGGCUGGGCCGGCAACUUGAUGAUGAAGCACGCUCACCGCGACUUCGUCUCGGACGUCUUCGUCGUCCUGGAAGCGGCGGGCACCAAAAUCCGCAUCAGCGACGUGUCCAGUGAGGCCUACCUGGACCUCGUGCAGUUCCUCAGCAAGGACAUGAAGGGCAAGGUCAUUGUCGGCAUGGAAAUUCCAAAGCUCACCCCGGGGGAAGUUUUCAAGUCGUUUAAAGUUAUGAUGAGAGCACAGAACGCGCACGCGUACGUGAGCGCGGGAUUCCGCGCGAAGAUUGUCGCCGGGGACGGGGGUCAGCGCGUGGUGACGGCGGCGUCCCUCGUGUACGGGGGCGUCGCUCCGGGGUUCGUGCACGCGGAGCGGGCCGAGCGCUUCCUCCUCGGCAAGGACGUGAGCUCGGCGGCCACGCUGCAAGGUGUCCUGUUGGAGCUGGCAGCUGAGCUGAAGCCAGACAGUGAUCCUGUGGCCGCGAGUCCGCAAUACCGCAAGUCCCUGGCCUUGUCUCUCUUCUACAAGUUCUACCUGAGCAUCGCGGGCGACCACGCCGUGUCGCCACGGAACCGCAGCGCGUGCCACGGGCUGGGGCGGCCGGUGUCGAGCGGCGAGCAGACGUACGACACGCAGCCCGCCGACUACCCCCUCACGCAGCCCAUCGCCAAGCUUGAGGCCUCGCUGCAGGCGAGCGGAGAGGCGGAGUUCGUGAACGACAUCCCCGCGAUGGCCGGGGAGCUGUACGCGGUGUUCGCGCAGAGCUCCGUGCCCAGCGCCAAGCUCAUCUCCAUCGACUCCGCAGCUGCCCUCGCCAUCCCCGGGGCCGUCAGGGUGAUAACGGCCGCUGACAUCCCGGCAGGAGGUCGUAAUUCCACAAUGCCUUCACAGUUCCUCCAGGAAGAGAUCUUUUGCUCCAGCGAAGUGCUCUACUCGGGGCAGUCUAUUGCGCUGUGUGUGGCCGAGUCUCGCGGGGCGGCCGAGGCGAUGGCGAAGGCCGUGUCGGCGACGUACGCGGAUCAGCGCGCUCCGGUGCUCACCGUGGACGACGCCAUCGCCGCCGGGUCACUGUGGCCGAGCCCCGCUGACGACCUGGUGGUGGGCGACGCCGAGGCGGCGCUCGCCAAGUCGGCCCGUGUGAUCGAGGGGGACAUCCGCGCCGGCGACCAGUACCACUUCUACAUGGAGACGCAGGUGUGCCGCUGCGUCCCCACAGACGUGGGGCUCGAGGUGCAGGCGUCGCACCAGUGGCUCGACCUGGCCCAGCAGGGCAUCGCUGAGGCCGUGGGCCUGCGUGCCAAAGAUGUGACGGUGACCGCCAAGCGACUGGGAGGCGGCUACGGAGGGAAGGCGCUUGGCGCUAACACGGUGGCCUGCGCUACGGCGGUGGCCGCCUUCGUGUUGAACCGGCCGGUGCGCUGCUCAUUGAGUCUCCACAAUGACAUGGAGAUGCUCGGGAAACGCCAUCGCUACAUCGUCAAGUACAAGGUGGGUGUCACCGAGGAGGGCCUCCUCAACGGAGUGCUCAUCACCUACUACUGCGACAACGGCUGCGCCAACAACGACAACGAAGUGGGCCAGUGCUUCGGCUUCUCCGACAACGUGUACAAGUGUGCCAACUGGCAUCUCAUCCCGGUGGCACUGAAGACCAACACUCCGAGCCAUCAGUGGUGUCGCUCGCCAGGCUCGAUAACGAACAUCUUCGUGAUGGAGACCAUCAUGGAGCAGAUUGGGCAGGAGCUGGGCAAGGACCCCGUGGAAGUGCGGAGGCUCAACCUGUACAGCAAGGGCAAUGUCACCCCACUGGGAUACCUGCUGCCCUACUGCAGCAUCCGCCAGCUCUACGCUGAUCUGCUGACGUCGGCAGCUGUGAGAGAGCGGCAGGCAGAUAUCGCCAAGUUCAACGCUGACAACCGCUGGAAGAAACGUGGCUUGGCCGUGGUGCCAAUGAAGUACAACCUGUCCUGGAACUGGUGCCACUUCUUGUGCACGGUGGCAGUUUACGCGCAAGAUGGAACAAUCACCAUCACGCACGGAGGGAUUGAGAUGGGACAAGGGAUCAACACAAAGGUGGCGCAGGUGUGCGCAUUCGAGCUCGGCGUCCCGGUCGACAUCGUCUCCGUGAGGCCGACGACCACCCUGUGCAGCCCCAACGCCCAGGCGACCGGGGGCAGUGUCAGCAGCGAGAUCAACUGCAUGGGCAUACAGAAGUGCUGCGAGAUGCUGAAGGAUCGCAUGAAGGACGUAAAGGCGUCCUUGCCUCCGGACACUCCGUGGAAGGACCUCGUGUCUGCCUGCUUCAAGAAGACGGUCAACCUCACCGCUCAGUACUGGGUGUGGCCGGACGCGACGUCAACGGAGCCGCACUACAACUCGUACGGUGCGACGGCCACGGAGGCCGAGCUGGACGUGCUCACGGGCGAGCACGUGCUCAGGCGUGUCGACAUCCUCUUCGACUGCGGCCAGAGCAUGAACCCGGCGAUUGACGUUGGGCAGGUGGAGGGCGCCUUCACCAUGGGCCUGGGCUACUGGCUCACGGAACGCCUGAUCUACCACCCCACCAGCGGGCAGCUGCUCACCAAUGGCACGUGGGAGUACAAACCUCCCAGCAGCAAGGACAUCCCGGUGGACUUCCGCGUGCACCUGCUGAAGGACGCCCCCAACCCGGCGGGGGUGCUGCGCUCCAAGGCGUCGGGGGAGCCGCCGCAGUGCAUGUCGUGCAGCGCACUGCUCGCCGUGAAGCACGCCGUGCAGGCGGCCCGCGCCGAGAUUGCGCGCAACGACUACUUCCCCCUGCAUGGUCCAGCCACGGUUGACCAGGUGCAACAGUGCUGUCUGGUGGAUCCCAAACAGUUCACUCUGUGAGCGCCUCAAUUCCUGACCCUCCACGUGGCUUUUUCAGCACUUCGUCUCCUGACCUCAAUGAACUUCACCACCAGGAAUGAAACGCACUCAACGAUCGGCAUUUAUCAACCUUAAACGACCUAACUUCAACACUCCACUACUCAACCUAAACACUCCAUCACCCAACCCCUACACACAAACACACAACCCCUACACACCAACACUCAACCCCAACACUUUACCACUUAACCCC